AUGAGGCGUAGCUUUGUCUUGCCAGUGUCGUCUCAACCGGUCUUGACAUCCUCGAUCAUUUUUCGCCGAGCCGUAACGUCCGCGAGCCCCGUUAAUCCAGCUUCAGAACAACCAAUCGUCAAAUACACUCCUCCGACUCGCGGUCUGAUCGCCUCGCUGCCCAAAUCAUGGAUACCAUAUGCCGAAUUGGUGCGCCUUGACAAACCGACCGGUACCUACUACCUGUUUUUCCCAUGCCUAUUCUCGACUCUUCUCGCCGCACCGUUCGCCACGCCCAUGGCAACACCAUUAGAAGUGGUUUCGUACUCAGGCCUAUUCUUCCUCGGUGCCUUAAUUAUGAGGGGAGCCGGAUGCGCUAUCAACGAUUUAUGGGACCGUAAUCUCGACUCCCAUGUAGAAAGAACGAAAUUCCGGCCCAUUGCAAGAAAAGCCAUUACACCUUUGAGUGCGAUGAUUUUUACCGGAACACAACUUCUUGUUGGUUUAGCAGUCCUCUUGCAGUUUCCCGCGACUUGCUUCUGGUACGCGACUCCUAGCUUACUUUUAGUGGCAACAUAUCCGCUAGCCAAAAGGGUCACAAACUACCCACAAGCGGUGCUGGGGCUGACAUUUUCAUGGGGCGCAAUAAUGGGAUUUCCAACUUUGGGCAUCGAUCUUCUGGCAAAUGUCGGAGCCGCCGUAGCCGCGGCUUCUCUAUACACGAGCUGUAUUGCGUGGACUAUAUUGUAUGACACAAUAUAUGCGCACAUGGACGUAAAGGAUGAUGCUGCUGCCGGUAUCAAAUCCAUCGCGCUCAAACAUCAGGGCGAUACAAAGGCAAUCCUUUCUGGUCUGGCGGUUGCUCAGGUUGGACUGCUUGCCGCCGCUGGCGUAGCAGUUGGCUCUGGUCCUAUUUUCUUUGUAGGCAGUUGCGGAAGCGCAAUUAUAACUUUGGGAACUAUGAUAUGGCGUGUCAAGUUGGAUGAUGUUAAAGAUUGCUGGUGGUGGUUUAAAUAUGGCUGCUGGUUCACGGGUACUGGUAUAGCCACCGGAUUGUUUGGAGAGUACGUUUCGCAAAGAUCCAGUCUUCACCAGAUGGCUGAUGAUGGCGCGACAAACGUCACCAAAAAUGAGAUGCCCCUUCAGAAAUAG